GUUUGUAUGGGCUUGUUGCUCUUUUUUAAAACUUUAAGGUCUUUGUGUGCUUAGCUUGAUAUUGUACACUGUUUGACAGAAAAUGAGUGCUUCUUGUUUCACUCCAUGAGCUUGUAGACUUGUUCAGAUCUGUGUGUGUUUUUCAUAAGCUGUAGUGCUAAUAAGUGCUUUAUUAGUAAUCUGAAUCGUUAUGCUUUACUUUCACUCUAAAGUAAGACUGAAUCUCAGUACUGACCUCCUACUGUUUCUCUAACAUUACUUGAUUUGCUGUAGUCUUUGGCUUAAAGCAAAGUGCCUUUUUGUUAAGGUCAGGUUGCCUAAAGGAGAUCGCAAGUUACUAUGAGAAGUCCAUCCAAAUACAGGAAGCAUCAGGGUAUGGAGAAAGAGACAGAAAGAAAUAAUUGAAGAGGAACCAGACUUGUUUAUCUGAAAAGAUUUCUAGCUCAUUGUGAACUUUUUGAAUGUAUUCUAUACACUUGUACUUCUGCAGUGUUUUACUUUCCUCCUAGACACUGGACAGACUCGAAAAAUCAAGGAGGCUUUGCAGAAAAUAAUGGUGACAUGGUGGUUAGAGGAACCCAUGACAUUUGAAGAUGUUGCUGUCUUUUUCUCAAAUGAAGAGUGGGGUAUUUUAAGAGAUUCUGAAAAGGAACUGUACCGAAAUGUGAUGAGAGAGAACUAUGAAAACAUGAUUUCACUUGGAUUCCAGAUCCCUCUACACUAUGCAUCUCUGUUUAUAAAGAAUGAAGAGGCCUUGAUGUGCGAGUCUGCAAUCAAAAGGGAAGAAGUAGAAAUGAAAACUUCCAGUAGACAUUCCUUUGCCAAGUCACUGAAGAUAGUCUGUCUGCCAUUUGAUCUUCUGCCGUCAGCCACCUUCAGUAAUGUGGGUCUCUGCGUGGUGAGCAAAGCAGUGGACUGCAUAAAUAAAAGUACACGAGCUAACAAGACGCCAAACCACUUACUAGAGAAACCAUUUCAGUGUCAUGAAUGUGGGAAGAAUUUUCUUAACCUUCGCAACCUCCGUGUUCACUUCCGAAUGCACAGUGGAGAAAAACCCUUUAAAUGUGAAGACUGUGAAAGGCAGUUUUCUCAGCAAGGUCACCUCAGAGAACACAGACGUCUUCACACGGGAGAGAAGCCAUAUAAAUGUGAUGAAUGUGAAAAAAGAUUUUGUCAGAGGAGUAACCUUCGUUUUCAUCAGCUGAGUCAUACAGGGGAAAGACCGUAUAAGUGUGACAAGUGCCAAAAAACCUUUACUCAGGUGUGCCAUUUCAAAGAACACCAAUGGACUCACACUGGUGAACGGCCUUAUAAAUGUAGAUUAUGUGAAAUGACUUUUGGUAGGCGGGGUGCCCUCAGGACCCAUGAACGUGCUCACAUAGGUGGAAAACCUUACAAGUGCCCUAAGUGUGAAAAGGGUUUUGAUCGUCGUAGCCUCCUUGAGGUGCACCUGCAGCUUCACAGAAAAGAAAGAACAUUUGUAUGUGUUGAGUGUGACACAAAUUUUAGUUGUCUGCAAAAUCUUCAAAAUCAUAAAAUUCACUGUAGAUGACAUGAAAGAAGAAUAAGGUCCACUUAGAAAAGGAUGUCUUUUAAUUAAGACAAAUUAAACAAAUGAAAAAGUA